UUUACGGAAGACAAAAAUAUAUAACGCGAUUUUUCUUCUGAUUCAAACACACCGCAAAAUGCGACCUGUGUACCUACUACUCUUUUUAUGGGGUGGUUCCACAUUAUUUCUGGAUGUGGAGUCAUCACCUGUCCCUCACGGAAAAAAUAAAGUAACCAUAGCUAUCAAGAGAUAUUUUCCUGGCAAUGGCAUUCAGAUUUUCAUCGAUAAUGUGAAUAAGGGAAUGUAUAAAUUACUGAUUAAGUCGGUUGGAACGGAGAGACAAAAGGAUCUUCUGGGCCUUCUGUCUGUCAUACCUGAAGGGACAGAUCUUUCAUCACUGCUUGGAGGAGGAGAAGAAUGCCAAAAGCCCAAAAAAGGUGGACUAUCCCAAGUUGACACUCUGCGUCUAUUGAUAAAAGUAUCGAAACUCAAGUGUGCAAAGGGUGGAUGCAAGAAACCUACCGAACUGGAGGAGUCUGGCGAUGAGGGAAAAUCAGAUUCACAAGGACCAACGGAUCGGAAACGACCGAGUGGAAGUUUAUCGAAAAUUAUAAACAAACUGUUGAAGAAACUUUUCGAUGAUAUCAAUGACCAACUCAACAAUGUACUAGAUGAAAUAUCCGCCGGAUUAGACCAAUUGCUGAAGCGGCUACUCGGGCAAGAGAAAGAACAAAAAGAACUUCUGGGCCUACUAUCUCUAUUAACGAAGGACGUCGAUUUUGAAUCCCUCCUUGGAGAUUCUAAGGAGGGACGAAAAUCCGUCGAUGGAUUGGUGAAACGAACCGAUGUAUUGAAAAUUCUCAUUCAGUUGGCCAAAAUUAAGUGUUCUCACGGUGGUUGUAAGGUACCUAAUAUCGAUCAAAUAUCAUCAAAAGAUGAUGUUGAGGAGGGACAAAGUGGAGGAAAUUCCCCUAAACCAAAACCACCGAAAGGCAAACCACCAAAAGGCAAGCCUGAUAAUGAGGACGACUCAAGUGAAGGAAAUUCCCCCAAACCAAAACCACCAAAAAGCAAGCCUGAUGAUGAGGACGACUCAAGUGAAGGAAAUUCUCCCAAACCAAAACCACCGAAAGGAAAACCACCAAAAGGCAAGCCUGAUGAUGGGGACGACUCAAGUGAAGGAAAUUCUCCCAAACCAAAACCACCGAAAGGCAAACCACCAAAAGGCAAGCCUGAUGAUGAGGACGACUCAAGUGAAGGAAAUUCUCCCAAACCAAAACCACCGAAAGGAAAACCACCAAAGGGCAAGCCUGAUGAUGAGGACGACUCAAGUGAAGGAAAUUCUCCCAAACCAAAACCACCGAAAGGCAAACCACCAAAAGGCAAGCCUGAUGAUGAGGACGACUCAAGUGAAGGAAAUUCUCCCAAACCAAAACCACCGAAAGGCAAACCACCAAAAGGCAAGCCUGAUGAUGAGGACGACUCAAGUGAAGGAAAUUCUCCCAAACCAAAACCACCGAAAGGAAAACCACCAAAAGGCAAGCCUGAUGAUGGGGACAACUCAAGUGAAGGAAAUUCUCCCAAACCAAAACCACCAAAAGGCAAGCCUGAUGAUGAGGACGACUCAAGUGAAGGAAAUUCUCCCAAACCAAAACCACCCAAAGGAAAACCACCAAAAGGCAAGCCUGAUGAAGAGGACGACUCAAGUGAAGGAAAUUCUCCUAAACCAAAACCACCGAAAGGCAAACCUCCCAAAGGCAAACCCGAUGAUGAGGACGAAUCAAGUGGAGGAAAGUCUCCUAAGCCGAAACCACCGAAAGGAAAACCUGAUGAUGAGGACGAAUCGAGUGAGGGAAAUUCUCCUAAACCAAAACCACCGAAAGGCAAACCUCCCAAAGGCAAACCCGAUGAUGAGGACGAAUCGAGUGGAGGAAAGUCUCCUAAACCGAAACCACCGAAAGGCAAACCCGAUGAUGAGGACGAAUCAAGUGAAGGAAAUUCUCCUAAACCAAAACCACCGAAAGGCAAACCUCCCAAAGGCAAACCCGAUGAUGAGGACGAAUCAAGUGGAGGAAAGUCUCCUAAACCGAAAUCACCGAAAGGAAAACCUGAUGAUGAGGACGAAUCAAGUGAAGGAAAUUCUCCUAAACCAAAACCACCUAAAAGCAAAUCUCCCAAAGGCAAACCCGAUGAUGAGGACGAAUCAAGUGGAGAAAAGUCUCCUAAACCGAAACCACCGAAAGGCAGACCCGAUGAAGAGGACGAAUCAAGUGAAGGAAAUUCUCCUAAACCAAAACCACCGAAAGGCAAACCUCCCAAAGGCAAACCCGAUGAUGAGGACGAAUCAAGUGGAGGAAAGUCUCCUAAACCGAAACCACCGAAAGGAAAACCUGAUGAUGAGGACGAAUCAAGUGGAGGAAAGUCUCCUAAACCGAAACCACCGAAAGGAAAACCUGAUGAUAAGGACGAAUCGAGUGAAGGAAAUUCUCCUAAACCAAAACCACCGAAAGGCAAACCUCCCAAAGGCAAACCCGAUGAUGAGGACGAAUCGAGUGGAGGAAAGUCUCCUAAACCGAAACCACCGAAAGGCAAACCCGAUGAUGAGGACGAAUCAAGUGAAGGAAAUUCUCCUAAACCAAAACCACCGAAAGGCAAACCUCCCAAAGGCAAACCCGAUGAUGAGGACGAAUCAAGUGGAGGAAAGUCUCCUAAACCGAAAUCACCGAAAGGAAAACCUGAUGAUGAGGACGAAUCAAGUGAAGGAAAUUCUCCUAAACCAAAACCACCUAAAAGCAAAUCUCCCAAAGGCAAACCCGAUGAUGAGGACGAAUCAAGUGGAGGAAAGUCUCCUAAACCGAAACCACCGAAAGGAAAACCUGAUGAUGAGGACGAAUCAAGUGGAGAAAAGUCUCCUAAACCGAAACCACCGAAAGGCAGACCCGAUGAAGAGGACGAAUCAAGUGAAGGAAAUUCUCCUAAACCAAAACCACCGAAAGGCAAACCUCCCAAAGGCAAACCCGAUGAUGAGGACGAAUCAAGUGGAGGAAAGUCUCCUAAACCGAAACCACCGAAAGGAAAACCUGAUGAUGAGGACGAAUCAAGUGGAGGAAAGUCUCCUAAACCGAAACCACCGAAAGGAAAACCUGAUGAUAAGGACGAAUCGAGUGAAGGAAAUUCUCCUAAACCAAAACCACCGAAAGGCAAACCUCCCAAAGGCAAACCCGAUGAUGAGGACGAAUCGAGUGGAGGAAAGUCUCCUAAACCGAAACCACCGAAAGGCAAACCCGAUGAUGAGGACGAAUCAAGUGAAGGAAAUUCUCCCAAACCAAAACCACCGAAAGGCAAACCCGAUGAUGAGGACGAAUCAAGUGGAGGAAAGUCUCCUAAACCAAAACCACCGAAAGGUAAGCCACCAAAAGACAACCCUGAUGAUGAUGACCAACUUGAUGAAGAUAGACCAGUCCCACCGAGAAAACAUAAGCAUAAAAAAAGAAAACAUCCGAAAGAUAUAUCUAACGAUAACGACCAAUCUGAUGACGAUGUUCCUGAGCUGCCACCAAGACACAAAUCCCACAAUCGAAAGCCGCCUAAAGAUGACGAUUCAGAAGAGAAGCAACAGAAUUCUGAGGAAAAACCCCAUAGACAUCAUAGAUCCAGGGGCCACAAACAUAAACAUCGAAGGAAAUGCAGAGGCAGAGGAUGUCGCGAUUAA